GUUACAUGUGCUCGAGUUCCCCGCCUUUUCACAACUCGUAGGAUGUUGCUUACACAACACACUGGAUGUUUUGACAAAUGUACUUGCUUUAUUCGAGAUUAAAUGUAUUCUUACAUGAUUUGACAGAGAAUGUAAUUUGUAAUUGUUGCAAUAAUUCGACAUUGCAACCAUGUUGCUUCCGUCUGACAUGGCGCGUCUCGUUUUAGGAUAUCUGCAACAAGAGGGACUGUGUAAUACAAGCCAGGCAUUCAUUCGCGAAAGCCCCAAUUUGAAGGAGUACGCAGAACACAGCUCAGAUGAUGGAACUAUUCCUGCUUGUGUGUUUUCCCUCUUCGGGAAAAACCUGACAACCAUUUUGAAUGAAUAUGUUGCUGUCAAAGCUAAAGAGACCAGUGAAGAGACUCAGAUACCUGUCAUGAUGACAUCAUUGUGGAAAAAGCUUGAUUUCACACUCAAUCAAAUAAAGUCUAUGCAGAACUCCCCAGCUGUUAGCCAGAAUCAAAGACUCCGCACACGUAAUGGGAUCGUGAACAUGAGGGGGCGACAGAAAGCCUUGUCAUCAACGCAGUCCCCCAGCUCUGCGUUUCUGUCAUCGUCAGCCCCUCUGUUGGCCCAGGGCUUUUCCAGCCCCCUUGAUACCCCUCAGAGCAUCUUGGGACACUCAACCCCAGUCUGCUACAGCUCCCAGCUGACCAGACCCUCCCCCAUCUGCAGCACAUCGCCCCAGAUCCAAGAUGGAGGACGUCUACUCAUCAAUGUGAACCGAGAGUCACCUUUGCAAAUAAUGGUUCCAGACAACCGGUUAACACCAGGACCAUUAUCCCCAGGGCGUCGGAAAUGUGACUCCCCCAGGAGGAGAGGUGGGGGCUUCAGUGGAUCUGGUGGGACUGGAAGAACCAACAUGGCGGCCAGUAGCCUGACAGCUGAGCCCCAGAGUGAAGAGACAGUCACAGAGAAUUUCCCUCAAAUGGUGAUACAAAAUGCAAGAGAGAGGAUUCUAAAUGACAAGUCCUUACAAGAGAAGCUUGCUGAAAACAUCAACAAAAUCCUAGCAAGUGAUGGCAGUCCACAGGCUUUAAAGGCAUCAUGCAGCACCAUGGAGCCUGACCAGUCCAUAGAUGAAAUUCUGGGCCUGCAGGGGGAAAUCCAUAUGUCUAAUGAUGUUAUACAAGACAUCUUGGAGCAGACAGAGUCCGACCCAGCCUUCCAGGCUCUCUUUGACCUCUUUGAUUACGGCAAAAGCAAAACCAGUGAGGAUACUGAACAAGGAGCUGGGAAUGUGAGCAAUACCACCACAGAGAAUGGUGAGACUGAGACUAGAUGUAUUGAUGGCUCUCCUGAGACUGGAGAUUCAGGCACUGGGCCUGAAAAUUCGACACAAGGGCAAGAAACAACAACUAGAGCGACAAAGUCUAGUCAAGAGCCCAAGAGUAAGAAAACAAGGAAAUCUGCACCUCAUGUUUCAAGCACUUCAAAUGCAACUCCUGGACCCAGUACCAGAGGGUCGAGAAGGGGAGCUAGCUCAACAACUCCUGGACCCAGUACCAGAGGGUCGAGAAAGGGAGCUAGCUCAACAACUCCUGGACCCAGUACCAGAGGGUCGAGAAGGGGAGCUAGCUCAACAACUCCUGGACCCAGUACCAGAGGGUCGAGAAGGGGAGCUAGCUCAACUGAACCGUCAGCACAUAUCGAUAAACUUACUGUUGCUGCCUUUUCUGCCGCCAAGGACUCUGAUACUGUUGACUCCGGCUCCAUCUUUGAUCAGGAUGGAUCAGGCGUGGAUAUAGAUGAGCCUCUGAAUACUCCUCCCCUUCACAAUAUAGCUCUCCCAGAUCUCUUUGAGCCAGUCAGACAGGAGAGUGGAACAAAUAAUCCAGUGUCAGCAUGCAAUGCAGCUUCAUCUGAAACCAGUAUGGUCUCUGCUGUCAAAAACAUAUUGGGCAAUGAGAACCCCGUGGGGGUUGAUGAUGGACAAGUGAUGGAUAACCAAGCAUCACUUCUUAACUCUUCACCUAGCCUGUCUAAUUCCAUGCCAGCGCUGGAUCAGUCAAACAAGGCUCCCAUACAGGCCUCUAACCUGUCUCACAGGAAUAUGACCCCUCCCAGCAGUGUAGAAAUUUCCCAACCUCUACCACAGACCAUACCCUCUAUGGCUGUCCCAUCAACAGUUAAAACAUCAACCACUCCUGCUGCCCCAACCUUCAUCCCCAACCCCACAGGCAAGGAAGUUGACCCCAGUAAGAUUGUAGCCCUGAAGAUCAUCAUCAGUGAUGAGCAAGGGGAGCCCUCCUGUGACUCAGCCCUGAACCAGGCUGUGUCCAGCAUCACUGGGGACAGGAUCCCCACCAUCUUCCUCUCCUCCCCCACCAAGUCACCUGCUAAGGCCUCGGCCCUCAGUGGCUCCCCCAUGGCUCAGGAGGAGACGGUGCAGGCGGUGACCAGUUUACAGAGGACAGAAAUCCUCCAGCCAGCAGAGACUCCUCUUAGUGAGAAAGCAGGGGAUGUGGCAGCAUUGGCAGGGACGUCAUCUGCAUUGACACAACCAGGCUACUACAUUCAGCUGCCCUUUGAUUCAGCCACAUCCACCAACAGCUACAUCUUAGUGACAGACACAACAGCCACAAACCACCAAGCCAACAAGGUGAUGUUACCCAGUGGCGCCCCACAGGUACCGACAGUACCCCCGACCUCAUAUGCUCUGGCCACUCCACCCCGCUAUUCCCCUGGAUCUAGACUCAUUAUAUCUUCACCAGUUCAGCCCAUGCUGCAACACAUGGUGGUUCCUGUAUCUGUUGUUGGGCAGAAUAAUGCAGGACAGUUCUCAAUAGUUCCUAAUCAGUUGAUAGCCAUGCCUAGCCCUGUUUCAGCAAAGCAGCCAGUAGCAGUGAAAACCAAGCCUAAACUGGCACCCAAGGACACCACAGUCUCAGACAAAAUGGGAGCUUCUGGAUCGAAUAUGAUUACAAAGCAGGUUCAGGGGCAAUCCUCUGAAAGCACAGGGCAGCAGAAGGUAGCAGUUGGCUUGAGCCCCAGCCAUAGAAGGAUGCUUUGCUUUGAUGGGUCUGCUAGUAAAACUGCCACUCAGACCAGAAAAACUGCUUUCUCCUCCAAAGCAACACCUACUCCUGUAUCACCUUCUGUCCAACAGUUGGAGAAAGAGAGAACUAAAUUGGCCUCAGCAAAUUCUGCUAUCUUGGGUAGCAGCAGGCCAAAAAGGAGAAUAGAGACUGUAAGAUGCACAGACAACACUCAAACAUCAUGGACCGGAACAGAGACCGAGAAAUCCUCCACUGACCAAAGUCAGAAAGAAGCUGUGAAAAAGACCCCUUCAAAGAGGGACGCAGAUCAAAAUGCUAGAGGUCAAACUGCAAGUACCAGUAGAUUUCAGAGUGCUGGUAGCAGUAAGACUGAUGCCUCACAGUCAGAGUCCAGAAAGAGAUCACAAUCAGCAGACCAGAAGGAUGAUGGUGGAACAGAAUCUAAGGAUGCCCAGAGCUCCAGGUCUUCUUCCUCUGAUCACAGACUGAGAUCAGGGAGCAGGAAAGAAAAGGAGGACACAAGUAGACAAGAGUCUACUGAAAAAUCUCCUGCCAAGGAGUGGGAGGGACAGACCGAGAAAACUACAUCUUCUCAGGACCCCCCUCAUGUCACUGCCAAUAAGGAGAAUGAGCUGGAGGGUGGCAGGCGAGAGCAGCAGCCCACACCAGCACCAAGAGAGUUCAGCCAGGCCCCAGUGGGCUCACAAACCCCUGUCCCCCAGGCUAGCUCCAGCAAAACCCCCUCCAAGACCAGCCCGCUGACCAAGCAGGCGGCCGAAAUGCUCCACGACAUCCAGGGUCUAAACCCUUCCUCCACCCCUUCUAAGAGGCCAGGCAUGGGCUGUCCGGACCUGCCUCUUCCUCUGACCCCUGGCCGUCUCCAGGAAACUCUAGACUGCCCCAGGACCCCUGCACGUCAGAGGCUAGGCAGGGAUGGAGAGGGCACCCCCAGGCCCCUGGUCCCUCCCGCCACCCCGGACCUUCCCUCCUGCAGCCCAGCCAGUGAGGCAGGGAGUGAAAACAGCAUCAACAUGGCGGCCCACACACUGAUGAUCCUAUCCCGAGCUGCCAUCGCCAGGACAGGCACCCCACUGAAAGACAGCUUGCGCAAGGAGGGGACUGGAACAGUGGCCACUGUAGCUGCCAAGAGCAAGAAGCGCAAGCAGCCCGAGCCCCUGGCCAGCCUGCCAGCAAAGAAAGAUUUCUCCUGUUCAUCUGGUAGUAAGAAGAAAGCAGAGAAACAGCAGAAACUAAUGGAUUCCUUCCCUGAUGACUUGGAUGUGGAUAAGUUCCUGUCUUCACUGCAUUAUGAUGAGUGAUGGGUUGAGUUAUAGCAGUUUGAGUGAGAUGGGAAUCUCCAAACACUACCUACCUACUCUCCAGGAAUAGAACAAGCCAUGAUUUAGUGUCACAGUGCCUAUGGUUAACCCAUCAUGCCUUUUAGGAGUUAGGCAUCUGUGGUCUAGUGGAGCAUGUCCUCAGAUUAGAUUUUUUUCUUUGUACUGUCUGCUUGUAGGGUGUGUCCUAUACCCUUGGACCUAACUAAUUAUACAUGUGAUGUAUGAACUGUAUAGUAAUUAUUGUAGAAAUGCUAGAUAGAGAGCACUUUGAUUCCAUGCAAGGACUGUAAUGUUAAGAAUGGUAUCCCAAUCUUGUAUCAAUAAUUUCAAGAAAACAACCCUUUCCUUGGUCAAUGUUUGACUGUCUAACCUUUUAAAUUAUCCAUCUUGUACACUCUGGCAGCCCAAUUCUGAUCUUUAUUUCACUAAUUGGUCUUUUCACCAAUCACAUCAGAUCUUUUCAUAUUGGCCCUUUUUCAGAGCUGGUCUGAUGGGUAAAAAAAAGACCAAUUCGUGGGGGGAAAAAAAUCAGAAUUGGGCUGAAUGUGUAGAUGCAGACUUGGUGUUGUGUGUGUGUGUGUAAAGUAUGUUUCCUUCACUAGUGAUUUUAUAUUAAACUAAAAUUUAAGAA